AUGAGGCUUCCUUUUCAUCUACCUGGUCAGCAAAAUGUUAUAUACGGUCCUUAUGAUGAACUUGAAAAUGUCCUUAACAAACCAUCAGUUUCUUCUACAAUGUUUUUAUCCUGGAUGGAAGUUAACAAAAACAAUGAGCUGCCACGUACACUUACUUAUGCUGAAUUCCCAACUAAAUUCGUUUGGAAAUCUAAAGAUAGAACAUGGACAACACGACAAAUAGGGAAAACCAUUGGUCGUAUUCAUUCUGUUAAUCCAUCUAUGGGCGAGGCUUAUUUUUUAAGAAAAAUCCUUCUUAAUAAGGUAAGAGGUCCUCAAUCAUUUGAAGAAAUCAGAACCGUUAACGGACAAGUGCUCCCUAUAUUUAGAGAUGCAUGCUACGCUGUAGGACUUUUAGAUGACGACAAAGGAUAUAUCGAAACUAUUAAGGAGGCUUACUAUACAGGCUUAUCUCUUCCUGACCAACUAAAGAAUCUAACGUUGUUGGAAAUUGAGGAUUACUUACUUCAGAAUAACUCUACCCUACGUAGGUUUCCUUCUAUGCCUUAUCCUGAUAUUCAUUCCACAUCUGUAGCAAACAAUCGUUUAAUAACAGAUGAACUAUCAUAUGAUGUAAGUGUUGUUGGUGCAGAAUUUAAUAAUCAUCUAACUACUUUAACAAGUGAACAACGUUAUGGAGGUACUGGUAAAACAUUCUUAUGGAAGACAUUGUCUGCAGCCAUCAGAUCUAAAAGACAAAUUGUAUUAAACGUUGCAUCAAGUGAAAUUGUUUCUUUGUUAUUAUCUGGUGGUAGGACGGCACAUUCUAGGUUUCAUAUUCCUUUAAAUCUUACAGAAGAAUCAAUCUGUCACAUUAAACUAGAUGGUGAAGUUGCUAAUUUAAUAACAGAAACAAAGUUGAUAAUUUGGGACGAAGCUCCAAUGAUUCACAAACAUGCGUUUGAAGCACUAGACCGGACCAUGAAAGAUAUCUUCAAAUCAGAUGAUUCACUAAAUUCAGAAAUGCCAUUUGGAGGAAAAGUUAUGGUUUGGGUGGUGAUUUUAGACAAAUCCUUCCAGUUGUUGCCAAUGGCUAAGAAUCCGUCACACACAAAUUUAUACUCAUCUGACGUUCUUAAUGGUCUUAAAAUAUCAGGAUUGCCUAAUCAUCGAUUGAUACUUAAAGUGGAUGUCCCAAUAAUGUUGUUGCGUAACAUUGAUCAACAAAAUGGUUUAUGCAACGAUACUAGAUUAUGGAUUACUAAAGUUGCAAAACGUGUUAUUGAAGCUGAAAUUAUAUCCGGAGGAAACAUCGGUACUGUUAGUGCAUUUUGUAUGUCCAUAGUUAGAAAUCUGUCAGUACUUGUAACAUUUAAAGUCUUGAGUCUGUAA